AUGGAAGGCUUCAGCUUGAAAUAUGCACUGGCCCUUCUGGUCAUCGGGUUGCUUGCAUUUGUCAUUUACCUUUGGAAGCUGAAUCAGGCACUCAGACUGACACCACCAGACGUCCUGGCACUAUCACCAAAUCGCUGGACAGACCAGAAGAUCAAGGAGACGUAUCAGAAAAUCAAGAACAACCCCAUUUCAUGGGCUGAGAAACUGCCUCCUAAGCUCAACCGCCGUUAUAUCGUCACUGGCGGUUCCGGAGGCGUUGGUGGCCAGAUCAUCCUUCACUUGCUCGAACGUGGUCAAUCCCCUGAAAGCAUCCGCAAUGUGGAUUUUCGCGCUCCCGAAAGAAGGGACAUGCAAAGUGGCCCAGCCGCAGCAGUACCUUUCAUCCAUGCCGAUAUAUCAUCAGCGUCGUCCACAAAUGCAGCGUUCUCUGCAGCAUGGCCGGACUCGGUGGCCAAACUUCCCUUGACAGUCUUCCACGUGGCGGCGGUUAUCGUACCCCAUGAGCGUUCGAUGGCAUUGUUUGAACGUGUGAAACGGGUCAAUAUAGAUGGUACGGAGAAUGUGUUGAACGCCUCCAAGGCUGUAGGCACUGACGUCUUUAUCGCGACGUCCUCGUCAUCUGUUGCUCUUGUCCCAGUACAGUAUUGGGGCAUACCUUGGAAAGGCUGGCCUCGGAAUUUUGUGCAAGCCGUAGACGAGUCGGACUUCGAUAAGCCUUUAAAGAAGCACGAGCAAUUCUUCAGCAACUACGGGCAUGCGAAGGCGGUAGCAGAAAGAUUGGUGUGUAACGCCAACAGUCCAAACUUUCGUACUGGGGUAGUUCGACCCGGUAAUGGUAUCUAUGGAAACAGCCACGGCGACCAGCUUGUUGGAGCGCUGUUGCGGGCCGAAGUAGUUCCCACUUGGACUCGCAACAUCUACCAGAAUUGUGUUCACAUAGGACAUGUAUCGCUUGGUCAUCUGUUGUUCGAGGCAGCGCUUGCCAGCAACGCCAAAAUGCCUCAAUGUGCAGGUCGACCUUUCCUCAUCACCGAUCCAGGCGCAGCGCCGUUGUUCCAAGAUUACUAUCGGCUUCUGCAAUCACUUGCCAUUACACCUGUCAAAGUCAUCCCUGUUCCACCAGCGGUCAUGCUUCUGCUGGCUUAUGUUGUCGAAGCAUUUGAUAGUCUUUCACAGUUUCCCGGAUUCAAGUGGGCAAAACCCAAGGGAGACUUGGCCAUGCUACAGCCGUCCAUUUUCUCCGCUGCCACACAUGUGCCCAUCUUGGACGCAGCUGCGAAGAAGUCUGUGGCCGAGGGUGGGCUUGGAUACAAGGGAGUCUGUACUACUAUGGAAGGAAUGUGCCAGCAGUUGUUGGAUUGGAACAUGGAGCAUGAGAAUCGAGCUCAUGAACGCAACGAUAAACCAUUGGCUACCGUAGCUCAAAGUGCUCGAAAUGUGGCAACAGUACCUGCAGCCGUGAAAGGAUAG